UUUGUCCUGGUGGGGAUCCGUAGUUGGUGGAAUAACAUUGUGAAGAAGAAUGUUGACGUCAAAGUUGAAGAGGAGGACUCAGUGUUAAACAAACUUCGAAUCGUGUCAUUUGCUUGUCCUGGCAGGAAACUUAGUAAAGGAUCAUGGGUAACACAGGCGACCGGAUGUCCGGAGACCGCCAUGGCGCCAAGGCCCAUCGCUCUGACAGCAGAGACAAAGACCACGAGCCCAGCAAGAUGGUGGACAGCACUGAUGACCCUAACAUCUUCAACACACACGGUCUGGGGUCCUCCAAGGUGUCGGACAAGGAGGAGCCCGACCUGGAUGACCUGGUGAAGACCGGGCCUCAGUCCAGGCCCACAGUUAUCCGCUGGGCCGGAGGAGGGAAGGAGGUUUACAUCGCUGGAUCCUUUAACAACUGGGGCAACAAGAUCCACCUCAAUAAGAGCCACAAUGACUUUGUAGCGAUCCUGGACUUGCCAGAGGGAGAGCACCAGUACAAGUUCUUUGUGGACGGACAGUGGGUCCAUGACCCCUCAGAGCCUGUGGUGACCAGCCAGUUGGGCACCAUCAACAACCUGAUCGAGGUGAAGCAGUCGGACUUUGAGGUGUUUGAUGCUCUGCAGGUGGACUCUCUGGAAUCUACCGACACCUCAGACCUGUCCAGCUCCCCUCCAGGUCCCUAUGGACAGGAGCAGUACAUGAUCAGGCCUGAGGAACGCUCCAAAGCCCCGCCCAUCCUCCCCCCACACCUCCUCCAGGUCAUCCUCAACAAGGACACUAACAUCUCUUGCGACCCAGCCUUGCUGCCUGAACCCAACCAUGUGAUGCUCAACCAUCUGUAUGCGCUCUCAAUAAAGGAUGGAGUGAUGGUGCUCAGUGCGACUCACAGGUAUAAGAAGAAGUACGUCACAUCUCUGCUCUACAAGCCCAUCUAACCUGUGUGUGUAGGUGCACAGUGCUAUAGAGGGCAGCAUGUUAAUACUGCGCUGGGUUUAUCCAUGACAUGUAGUUGAGAAUGGACUAAACUAACAGUUUACAAAAGAGCUGGGGGCCUGUGGCUGAGACUGGGGGGCAAAUCUCAAGACACCCUUUUCCCUGUAGAGUGCACUACACAAUGUAGCACUCAGCAAAUGGGUUCAAAGUAGUGCACUCAAUGUGGAAUAGGGUGUCAUUUGACCUUCAGCCUGUGACUUCACAAGGAGUCCACAAGGAGAAAUACUGAAAGUGGACUGUGGCGUUUUCCCAUAAUGCACCCAUAGUUGAAUAGCAAUAAGGGACUGAAAGAAACCACUGUGUGUGUUUGUGUGCAGCACUUAGGCUGCUUUUACACAGGCAUCCCAAUUCUGAUCCUUUUUUCUACUCAUUUGUCUUUUGAUCAAUCACAUCAGAUCUUUUCACAUCAGAUCUUUUUCAGAGCUGAUGUGAUUGGUCAAAAGACCAAUUAGUGGAAAAAAUAUCAGAAUUGGGCUGCCUGUGUAAAUACAGCCUUAGAUUCUUUGUGGGUGCGUAAAAAGAACAUUUGGUUCCAUUAAAAACAUAAGGGUUUGAAGACACGUCUGCUGAUGGGACUGUAAAACACAUAUAAUCAACAUGACGUUUUAUUAAAUUAGCUUUUGAAAGGUUAUGUACACGGAAAGAGGGCAGUUGAAUGUUUCUGGCUUGGAUUUAGUGUCCCAAUAGUGUCCCAUUCUUUCUCCAUAUUUUUAUUGUAAUUGGACAGUGACUAGACUAAAUUGAGGAUUCUGCAGGGUCUUCCUUGUUAUUACUGUAAUUGGACAGUGACCAGACUAAAUGGAGGAUUCUGCAGGGUCUUCCUUGUUAUUACUGUAAUUGGACAGUGACCAGACUAAAUUGAGGAUUCUGCAGGGUCUUCCUUGUUAUUACUGUAAUUGGACAGUGACCAGACUAAAUUGAGGAUUCUGCAGGGUCUUCCUUGUUAUUACUGUAAUUGGACAGUGACUAGACUAAAUGGAGGAUUCUGCAGGGUCUUCCUUGUUAUUACUGUAAUUGGACAGUGACCAGACUAAAUGGAGGAUUCUGCAGGGUCUUCCUUGUUAUUACUGUAAUUGGACAGUGACCAGACUAAAUGGAGGAUUCUGCAGGGUCUUCCUUGUUAUUACUGUAAUUGGACAGUGACUAGACUAAAUGGAGGAUUCUGCAGGGUCUUCCUUGUUAUUACUGUAAUUGGACAGUGACUAGACUAAAUGGAGGAUUCUGCAGGGUCUUCCUUGUUAUUACUGUAAUUGGACAGUGACUAGACUAAAUGGAGGAUUCUGCAGAGUCUUCCUUGUUUGAUUCCAAAGGGUCGAUGACCACUGAUAAAAUCAGGAUAUGCAAUUGGAUAGGCUGUGUAAAUUUAACUGAACUGAAGUAUAACAAACUAUGGGUAUUAAAUGGUAUAUCCCAUUUAAUCACUUAAAACUAAAGGCCUCAUAUUACAUAUCAAGUAGGAGUUGUGAAAUGUUGGCCUGUGUCCUGUAGAUCUUUGCUUAGUUCUGCUAUUGCCUUCAUGAAAGGAUGCUGCAAGCACUUUAGCUACACGUGUGUCUCCAACAAAUGCUUUGAGCAGGACUGUUGACAUAAACUUAACUAUGCAGAUACACGGACACAUCUGGUAGCUUUACAUUGAACCUCAGUGUCCAGUCUGCAUGUUAGAGAUGGAGAAAUAGCUGUUCUGUGUGUUUGUUUUUUUUUCAUUCUAUUUUCUAUUUAUCCAAUAGAAAUCGAUGUACCUGUUACAUUUUCUGUAUCUAUAGCAAAGAAACAAACAAAUAAUGGUUUGUCUUGAAUGUCGUGCAUGAUUUGAAUGUCUAUUACGAACAGUUUACUGUGGAAUGUGUGGUGGAUUUCACAACUGUGAUUCUAUCAAGAUUAAACAUUUGUGGCAAAUUGCCAAUAUUGAUUUCAUAAGAAUGUUAAGUGUAAUUUACUUUAAGCAAUAAUGUUAAAUUAUGUUAAACUACUCAGAUUUGACCAUAAAUGUUUUUAAUUUUUAUCAUUUUGAGAGAAUAUUGUACCUAUUGCUAGGUAGGUGAUAUACUCCAAAGAGAAGAUAAUAUAUAAUUACAUAUUUUAUUUGAAGAAACUGAGAAAAAGCUAUAUCUCGCUCUGUUUGAGAAUAUAGGAUAUUCUGGUGCUUUAUUAGACAAACAAAACUUGAAUUUUAAAACUGUUAGCUAACAGGUUUGUUUGUGAAAAUACUUUGCAGCAUCACUGUGUAAGCCAUGUACUAUAGAAGGUUGUUUCACUUGUUUGCAAAUAAAAAGGGAAGACGUGUUGACCCUGAAUAUCA